CACAACUUUUGGUUGAUAAUAUGAUGAACCAUGUUGGCGACUUUUGAAAGUUCGCGUUGUUCCCUUGAGAACAGCCGAAACUAUGUAACACCGAAACAGAGGAAUUGGUUCGAAUCUACUGAAUGAAGCUUUGCAGAAGAAUUCGGAUUUGCUUACUUGACUAAAUGCAAUCCCAAUUCACAAAAACCAAGCUAUUACGUGCAAUCAACAAUGUUGUAGCUUCUACAACUAACCCUCGUGCAGCGGAGCAGAACUGUUUAGCCCUGCUUCAGGCCUGUAACGCGUUGCCGAAGCUCACCCAAAUCCAUACCCACAUUCUCAAAUUGGGCCUCCACAACAACCCGCUCGUUCUCACCAAAUUCGCCUCCAUUUCUUCUCUUAUUCAUGCUACUGAUUAUGCUGCCUCUUUCUUGUUCUCUGCUGAAGCUGAUACUCGGCUUUACGAUGCGUUUCUUUUCAAUACCCUCAUCAGAGCCUAUGCCCAAACUGGUCACUCGAAGGAUAAAGCCUUGUCUUUGUAUAGUAUAAUGCUUCACGAUGGGAUUUUGCCUAAUAAGUUCACUUACCCAUUUGUCUUGAAGGCUUGUGCUGGUCUUGAGGUUUUGAAUUUGGGUCAAUCGGUUCAUGGGUCGGUGGUGAAGUUCGGGUUUGAUCGUGAUAUUCAUGUUCAGAACACUAUGAUUCAUAUGUACUCCUGUUGCGCCGGUGGGAUCAAUUCUGCCCGGAAGGUGUUUGAUGAGAUGCCCAAGUCAGAUUCUGUGACUUGGAGUGCGAUGAUUGGUGGGUAUGCUCGAGUAGGGCGCUCUACUGAAGCCGUGGCCUUAUUUAGGGAGAUGCAAAUGGCCGAGGUUUGCCCAGAUGAGAUCACUAUGGUUUCCAUUCUCUCUGCUUGUACUGAUUUGGGUGCCCUUGAACUUGGGAAAUGGAUUGAAGCUUAUAUAGAGAGACAAGGAAUUCAUAAACCAGUAGAGGUUAGUAAUGCACUUAUUGACAUGUUUGCAAAGUGUGGUGAUAUUAACAAAGCAUUGAAGUUGUUUAGAGCUUUGAAUGAGAAAACAAUAGUUUCCUGGACUUCUGUUAUUGUUGGCAUGGCAAUGCAUGGCCGUGGUCAAGAGGCCAUUUGUUUGUUUGAGGAGAUGAUAGUUUCUGGUGUUGCUCCAGACGAUGUCUCCUUUAUCGGCUUGCUUUCUGCUUGUAGCCAUUCGGGACUAGUAGAAAGAGGUAGAGAAUAUUUCAGUUCUAUGAUGAAGAAAUACAAGCUUGCUCCUAAGAUAGAACACUACGGAUGCAUGGUGGAUAUGUAUUGCAGGACUGGACUAGUGAAGGAGGCUCUCCAGUUCGUACAUAACAUGCCGGUCGAGCCAAAUCCCGUAAUCUUACGAACACUAGUCAGUGCCUGCCGUGGUCAUGGUGAAUUCAAGCUUGGAGAAAAAAUCACCAAACUGCUAAUGAGACAUGAGCCUUUGCAUGAAUCAAACUAUGUCUUGCUCUCUAACAUUUAUGCAAAAAUGCUUAGUUGGGAGAAGAAGACCAAAAUUAGAGAGGUGAUGGAAGUGAAAGGCAUGAAAAAGAUUCCAGGGAGCACCAUGAUUGAGAUUGAUAAUGAAAUCUAUGAAUUUGUUGCUGGAGAUAAGUCUCAUAAACAGUAUAAAGAAAUCUAUGAAAUGGUGGAUGAGAUGGGGAGAGAAAUGAAGAAAUCUGGAUAUCGUCCUUCGACAUCGGAGGUUUUACUCGAUAUCAACGAAGAGGACAAAGAAGAUACUUUGAAUAGGCAUAGUGAAAAACUAGCUAUUGCAUUUGGUCUUCUUAGUACUCCACCAGGAACUCCGAUUCGAAUCGUAAAGAAUUUGCGAGUUUGCAGCGAUUGCCACUCCGCGUCAAAGUACAUCUCUAACAUUUAUAAUCGUGAAAUCAUAAUGAGAGACCGCAACCGGUUUCACCACUUCAAGUCUGGGCUGUGCUCAUGUGGAGAUUUCUGGUGAAGUUAUAAUAGCACCAAAUGAGUACGAAACAGGCAAUUGGUAGUGGUUCAGAUUCAUCAAUGCUCUGCAUCCAUUAUGCAGCUGAGGGCAUUACUUAUUAAAACUUGGAAGAAUAUUUCAAAGAUGCAAUUGGUAAUGUUUCGUAUUCCCUACGCUUGAGACAAAGCUCAGCCCCAUUUGGCGCCAAUAUGCUUGAGAACUUCAAAUUCAACCGAAAAAGAAAAUCAGCUGCUUUUGCUUGAAAGUGUUCACUUAUCUAUGCUGCAAGUAAAAUGGGAAGCUAGCUUCCUUGGCGAACAGCUUGAUCUUGAAGGCGAUCGAACUAGCAACGUGGCAUGUGAAGUUUUACUCUUAUUCUCAAUCAUUAAGGAACUCCCAACAAGCAUAGGAUGCAAAGAGGGGUGGGCUUAGCCCGGUGAUGUCAUGACUUUUAAGUUGUGUGAUGGAGAUUGAAUCAUCGACUUUUGAGAUGGUAGUUUAGUUUUUGUCUAUUAAGUUUUGUUUGAAUUGACUAAAUAAUGUUAUGGCGAUAUGAUUUUUAAACAUGUUAGUCUUGGGAAAUUGAUUUACUAUAAAGUCUGGAGUUAAAAGGGAAUGGAUCUUCCUUUUUUACACUAUGUUUAUAGAAAAUUUAUAAAGGUAGCUUUUACUUAAGUACUUAAUUAGCCAAUCAUCCCCUAAAUUAUUAAA